AUUGUUCCAGAGCUCAGAGUCCGAGAAAAUGUUCGAGGACUCGAAUUAUACCAAGCUGACCGAGGCCCAGCUCGAUCCCAAGUCGCUGAAUGCUCUUGAUGAGUUCCUUGGAUGCGAGCUCGCGGGGGGAGGCUUACGACUUCGGCCGAUUCUUCCCGGAAAAACAUCGGAGGAGGAUGAAGUGAGGCCGGGAUACCUGGUCCUAGCGCCUGUGGUGAUGGACGAAAAGAAAUUCUACUGGCCGGCCAUCGUAGAAUUUUCGCCCGGACCAGAUGUUCAUUACGUGAAGGACGAGGAGGAAAAAGACGGCGAAACUGGGUUGAGCAAAAAGUAUUACUUCGUCACGCUCAUCACGGUAGAACGAAAAGCGUUCUACGGUUCGUGGGUAGACGCUGAGAGCCUUAAACCCUUCAAUUGGCUCAGCUGCCCGCAGGCCUGUGAGGCAUCGCAUAUCAAUGCUGCCACGGAAGUUUUUGAAUACGUUAAACAGCAUGUCUUCAUGAGCUUACGGGACCGAAUACUCAGACUCUCGUUUCUGGCCUUCGUGGCAAUCAGCAGAGCUAUACGUCGUCAGGAAGUCAUUGUUUGAGACUGACAACAUCGCCGUUCAGGGAUAUCCCAGCAGUGGUUCGGCUGGGAAAUCGAGAAAGAGUCUCCCAAAUCCUCCAUUCAAUUUGAAUUUUUAAUAUUCGUGGAAGCUUGAUCGGGCUUAUCGAUCGGAUUAUCUGUUCGCUGCGCGGAGUUUUAAAAGAUUUCUAUCUAGGUAAUCCGAAAAUCGCUUUUCACCAUUAGUGGGGUGAUUCGAGCGAUGGGUUUGUGAUGAAACAGGGGCCGCCUCUGGAGUCCGAGUUGAAGUUCUCCGACCCCUUUUAUAUUCGACAUUCUCUCAAGAUCGCAUAAUAGACCAGAUCUCGGUAAACACAAUACAAGUCAUGAGAGUCGACUG